ACCUCUUGCUCACUUUCUGCUGAAAAAUACAGCUGCACUUUUGUUUAGAGUCCAGAUCAUCAAUCUAGACUUGUUUGUUUGGGUGGAGCUACAAGCUGUUGCAGUUUCAACAUCCUUUCCCUUCAUUCUGAGCUUAUUUUUUAGGAUAUGGGGGAUCAAAAUAAAAUACUAUCCCGUCCCAUUUUCCGCCGGGAUGUGAGCUGGGAUCCUUUCCCAAACUGGACACAGCCGAGCCGAAUCUUUGCGCAGGAUUUUGGCCUACCUCCCUUCCUGGAUCCCAGUGAUCUGGACUGGAUAGAGUGGUCAAAGAGGAGACUGGCAGCUUUCUCCUGGCCUGGGUACACACAAACUCCCCUGCUGCCUCCGUUCAGUGGUCAGCACCCUGCGGCGCUGAACCAAAAGGGUCUGAGACAGCUGACGAGUGGAGUGUCAGAGAUCCAAACAGGGCAAGACAGCUGGAAGAUUAACCUGGACGUCAAUCACUUCUCGCCUGAGGAAAUUACAAUCACAACUAAGGAGGGGUACUUGCAAAUAUCAGGAAAUCACGAGGAAAGACAGGAUGAGCAUGGAUCGGUUUCAAGGUGCUUCACCCGCAAAUACAAGCUGCCACAGGGAGUGGAUUCACAGCACAUCAGUUCUUCGCUGUCUGUUGAUGGAGUUCUGUCCGUGGAGGCCCCCGCCCCCGGGACAUCCAUCAGAGACACAGCCAGUGAGAUCGUCAUACCUGUUCAGAUCAGACAGACGCAGGACGGUGAAAAGGGGAACCAGUAAGCAAGAAUUUGAGACUACAAUCAGGAUGUAGAUCAAGUUAUGGGUAGUAACCUUUGCAGCAACUGGCAAGAAAAAGACAAGUAUUUACUGUAACAACUUGCUUGUUUUCCUGCUAUAUGAUACUGACACUGAAAAAUGUCACCAGAACAACACUUUUGGUUUCAAAAUCAAAUGCAAACUCAUCAAUAGGACCAACUCUGAAAUAAGGAAUUAUUUUUGCUUAUCAACAUGUAUAAACAGUUAGCAUUAUCUUGUUUAAGCAACAGCAUACUUUUUUUCAUGCUCUUCUAAUGUCUUUAUUAAAUGAAAAAACACAUGUUAGCAGCAGGUAGUUGUGACCUUAAAUGACCUAAGGGACUGUGGGGAUAAUGUCUGACAAUACUGGCCAACAAUGGACAGUGGAAAUGGAGUAUUUAUAUCUAAUCUGAUUAUUUUCUUCAUGCAAAAAGGUCAAAUUGUGCUUCUGUGUAACAUAGCAUUAUGUGAUUAAUAAUCAAUUUUGUUGAUUUUAUUUUGCUUUUGAUGCAGAGAAACACUGUAAAAGCCGUAGCAUAGAUUCACUGUGUGUCUUUGUCCUAAAAGUUGUAUAUUGAUGGAUUGAAU